AUGAAUACUUGCAUAACAGUUCCUUCUGGCUUGGGUACAAUACAGUAUUGCAGUAAUGAAGCUCUGAACCGGGUCAUGUCUCUUCAGUGGCCAGUGCCCUUUUAUGUCUCCACUAAGAGUCUGCUUCUGUGGGACAGUAUGCUCUUUAUUAAUUUUCGUAUACUAACUGCUGAGCUGAGUUGGAAUAAUGAGGUCUUAGUUGCAACUUUUUUACAUGGCCUCUAUGACAGAGUGAAGGACGAAUUAGCAGGAAGAACCAUCCCCGCUGAUCUGGAUGAUGUCAUUACCUUGUGUAACCAGAUCGAUAUUCGCUUUCAGGAGGGGAAUAUAGAAAAAAGACGCCAGCACUCCUUGGUUGUUGCACUUAGUAAAAGAAGCAAAGAAGCAGAAGCAGCGUUCCUGAGUGUAUACAAGCAGUUAAUUGAAGCACCAGAUCCAGCCCCUCUGUUGGAAGCAGUACGUGGAUUGGAAGACAGAUUACAGCAGCUCCAGGGUGUGGAUCCCGAUAAUAAGACAGUGAAAGAGAUCAGCCGACAUUGGAAGAAGUACUCUGAGUUCUAUUCCACAGGGAAAGAGAGAAAAGAGGGAACUGCUCCAGCUGGGCUCCUGCUGCAGAGGGAGGAAGCAUGGCACAGCAGCAUUAGCAGCAAACUAUUCUCAGCGGACACCUAUCAGCAGAAAAACGAAGCCGAUAGUGAAAAAGGGUUGCAGGAAGCACAGCUCACUUUGGCUGUCAGACUUGGUGAAGCUGAGGAAAAGAUCAAAGUUCUUCAUUCAGCACUGAAAACAACGCAGAGGGAGCUUCUGGACUUACGGUGCCAGUAUGAUAAAGAGACAGCAUCUAAGGCAGAUGAAGUGGGCAUGAUCAUGACCAACCUUGAAAAAGCCCAUCGGAGAGCAGAAGCUGCUCAGAGAGAGGUUGAGAGUCUCAGGGAGCAAUUAUCAUCUGUAAAUAAUUCCAUUAGACUGACCUGCUGUUCUCCACCAGGAUCCACCACACUGAAUUCUGCUGAUAAAACAAGCUUCUCUCUGUGUUCUGGGUCUCAUCUAGAAGCAGCCUUAGCUGUUAAGGACAGGGAAAUUUUAAGACUCUUAAAAGACAUUCAACACCUGCAGAACACAAUACAAGAACUGGAAGAGUCCUCGUCAAAUCAGAUAGCAGAGCUCGAGCAGCAACUUGUUAUCAAGACAGAGGCCAUUGCGAAACUGGAGGAAAAGUUACAAAGUCAGUCAGAUUACGAAGAAAUUAAAACAGAACUGAGCAUUCUGAAAGCUAUGAAGUCUGUCUCUGCCAGCUGUGGUCUUGCAUUGGAAUCCCCCAAGGGAGAAGCUAGCCUACCAAUCAAAAAGGAAGUAUUCUACCCAUCAUCGAACUAUCUAUUAGGGAAUCCAGGUGUACCCAGCUGUGAGGAAGAUCAUUCCCAAGAUGCAACAAAAUAUCCUGUACCAACUGAGAGACCAUACUCAGCAUCCCCUAUGAACAUAAAUGGAGACUGUACACCCAGUCCUUGCCACUCUAUGCUGGAAUCAUCCUUGUCAAGCAGAGCUCAGAGAAACUCCUGCCCAUCCUCUGCUUGCUCCAACAUUAGCGAACAAUUAGCAGCAGAUCCCCUGCGUAAAAAUCAAGUUGCUUCACCAUUACUCAAGAUUGAAAACAACUCAGCACUUAGUUACCCAUCUUCUUUUUAUACACUAAAGGCCAGUGCAGUCUCACACAAUCACCAGUCAAGUGGGAAUCACGAGUCUAGCCCGCUCAGUGAUCACUCUGAGGGGACCAAUUCCAGCUCAGUGGAUGAUGAGCAUCUAGAUACAUCCGAAAUUGCUUUCCAAGUCAAGGAGCAACUGCUGAAACAUAACAUUGGACAGCGUGUAUUUGGCCACUAUGUUUUGGGACUCUCUCAGGGCUCAGUAAGUGAGAUUCUGGCACGUCCCAAACCUUGGCGAAAACUUACUGUUAAAGGGAAGGAGCCUUUCAUUAAGAUGAAGCAGUUUAUAUCAGACGAGCAGAAUGUUCUAGCACUCAGAACUAUACAGGUGCGGCAAAGAGGAAGCAUCACACCUAGAAUUCGAACUCCAGAAACCGGUUCAGAUGAUGCCAUCAAAAAUAUUCUUGAGCAAGCAAAAAAAGAGAUUCAGUCUCAGAAAGGGGGUGAAACAAAAGGUUCGAGUGUUCCUUUAUCAUCAACUUCCAGUGUUAACAACAACUCGGAGAGUGCAAUAAAGAGCAUCUUGGAGCAGGCUAGGCGAGAGAUGCAGGCACAGCAGCAGGCACUGCUGGAAAUUGAAUCAGGGAGUAGCCAUAGGUCCAUUCCAACUCCACCAAAUGAGUGUCCAGUUCUCACUCCUACAAUACACACAACCCCUCAUAUCUUCAUUAAACAGGAGGAGGGCAUCCUUCCCGCCAGCACAAGCUGCACACAAACACCACUGAGUGUGCUGUCUCCAGCUGCUUUUGUACAAAACAUCAUCCGCAAAGUGAAGUCAGAGAUUGGUGAUGCCGGAUCAUAUUUUGACCAGCAUUGGGCAUCGGAAAAGAAUGUCCUGAGCCAUCCAUUCACUUCUGUUUCUCCCUCGUUGUCUUCAUCAUCAUCAAGUUACUCCAGUAUGGUUAAUGGGCGAGUUUGGAAAAGAGGAGAUAAUGGGGAGAAUGUUAACAAUGAGGAAGAUAUAUCAACUGGGGAAGAAGCACACAAGAUAAUAGAAGUGAAAACAGAGGCUGGAAGCCUGGAUAAUCAGAAUAUCAGUCAGCUUUCAUACUACCCUGCAUACGUUCCAAGAAACCUCAAGCCCACUGUGCCCCCUCUGACUCCGGAGCAGUAUGAGAUGUACAUGUACAGAGAGGUAGAUACGCUGGACCUGACAAGACAGGUUAAAGAAAAACUUGCCAAAAAUGGCAUUUGCCAGAGAAUCUUUGGAGAAAAGGUUCUUGGAUUAUCCCAGGGCAGUGUCAGUGACAUGCUGUCGAGACCCAAACCAUGGAGUAAACUAACUCAAAAAGGCCGAGAACCAUUCAUUCGAAUGCAGCUCUGGCUGACAGAUCAGCUUGGCCAAGGGAUUACCCAGCAAUCUGCCCUGUCACAAGGGACAGCAAGCCCUUUGGAAACGCAACCAUCCCCAUCUCCACCACCAAGCCCUUCAGAUCAAGAACGAAGUUCAACUGAGCCUCUUAUGUUGAGCUUUGAAAGCAGCAAAGAAAAUCAGCAGCCAGAAAGCCGAUCUACUUCCUCCUUAAGUGGUCGAUCCUUCCCAGGUCCUCACCAGUUGGCAGCAGCUGGGAUCCAGGAGAUUGUGGCCAUGUCUCCGGAGCUGGACACAUACUCCAUUACAAAGAGGGUGAAGGAAGUGCUGACUGACAAUAAUUUAGGUCAGAGGUUGUUUGGAGAAAGCAUCUUGGGGCUGACUCAGGGUUCUGUAUCAGAUCUGCUGUCAAGGCCCAAACCAUGGCAUAAGCUCAGUCUGAAGGGCAGGGAGCCAUUCGUCCGCAUGCAGCUCUGGCUGAGUGAUCCCCACAACAUUGAAAAACUCAGAGACAUGAAGAAAAUGGAGAAAAAGGCAUAUCUUAAACGGCGCUAUGGACUGAUAAGUGCUGGCUCAGACAGUGAGUCAUCGACUGCUAGGACGGAGUGUGUGAGCCCCAAUCUCCAGGCACAGGACUACAACCUCAUGCAGAUGAAGAAACCAAGAGUGGUGCUGGCAAUGGAAGAAAAGGAAGCCUUGAAAAAGGCUUAUGACAUGGAACCAUACCCUUCCCAACAGACCAUUGAACUGCUGUCAUACCAACUGAACCUUAAGACAAACACUGUUAUUAACUGGUUUCAUAACUACAGGUCUCGAAUGCGCAGAGAGAUUCUGAUGGAAGGUCAGCAGGACAAUGACACCGAUCAAGAACCAAACAGUUGUGAUAGCUUUGCAUCAGCAGCUGCCCCACAUAGAGACCUGACUGCUCAUAGUCCGGAUUCUGAAAGAGGAGACCAGAAACCCGUAAUUACUGAUCUGAAACACUUGCUGCACAGUAACUGCUACGCUAAGGAGAUGAGAAGUACUGUGAACAUUAAAAAUGAAAACACAGAGGAAGAGGAUGAUUAUGAUUCUUCCAAUCGUUGUGAGUCUUGUGGCUCUGGAACAGCAUCAGGAAAAUGUUGUGAAUCUGAGCCAUCCAGAGCACUUAGAGAAAAGCAGCCGAUGUCCCCUCAUUGUGAUGGUGCCCAGAGACAAAACUUUUUACGAAAGGGCAGUUCGGUGCAUGAGAACUCCCAUCAGCCCACAACUCAUGACUGUGCUUCUGUGCUUUCCCAUAAAGAUAGCAUGGUAACAGACGGACCACAAGCUGACCCCAUCAGCUUUAAAUCUACAGUAGAAUCUUCCCGCUGCAGCUUGGAAGUUUCUCUAAAUUCACCAUCAGCAGCCUCAUCCCCAGGCCUCAUGAUGUCCGUCUCUCCUGUACCUUCAUGUUCAGCUCCCAUUUCUCCAUCCCUGCCUAAUAGCAUGGCCAUUAAAGCUCACUCUUCCAGCCCGACUUGUGACAUGGCCCCAUUACAUCCCUCCGCAAAGCAUACCCCUGAAAAAAAGAAGAGGAAUGAAAAAAUGGCAAAUCUUAAUAAUAUUAUCCAUAGGCUUGAAAGAGCUGCAAAUAAGGAAGAGACCCUGGAAUGGGAGUUUUAAACAUACAUUUCUGUACAAAAAAACUGCACUCUUUCUACCAAUCUCUGUGAAUCCACAUUAUGGAGCAGAGCUGCUGCAGAGAACCGAUAUUGAAUAUUUUCUAUAUAUUUUACUUUGCGGGGUAGACAAUUAUAAAAAGGGAGACUGGAAUUCAAGAAAAAAUUAACUAAUUUUCAUUGUUAAAAAAUAUCAACUCUUUUAGGAAAAAAUAUUUAUAAACAUUUUAGAUAUUUUAUUAAAUAUUUGGAAUUUAUUAACACCCUCAGCUGCUUUGAUAAAGAGAUUGAAGUUAAACCACAGAGAUGUACCCGUAAUUACAAUGAAGUCCUGUAGCUUGCCACUAGAUGAGAUUAGGACUGUUGUUUAAAGCCAUCACAAAGCACUAGAAGGCUGACCGAAUGAGAAGCUGCUUUGGUUUCUUCAGCUGUCUACAAGACAGUGGUGAUUCCUACCCUCUAAAGAGACAGACAUAGUCUGUAAGACUCUAAACUGAAUGUGUAUUGCAUUGAACUGUGUGUAGAUGAGAUGGUCCACUUUAAAAGUAUUGUGACAUACAACUCCAAGUAGCUGUGAUUGUGGUAGAACAGAAAUUAGGACUAUGAACGCCCACUCUUACAAUUGUAUUACUUUCACUUGUGUAUGGGAAAGCUUCAAGAUCCAUGACUUUGUACAAGAAAAGCAAUGCUGUGUGUCACGAUG